UGAUCUAUUCUAUUAUUGCUGGAGCUAUUUAUAUCUCUUUAAAAGCUCUCACAUUUCUCUGUUAGACGCAUCAACACAUUUCAAUAACACACAGAAUUCAGUCGAGUCUGUUUAUACAGAUAGAUCUACGAGACCAGUAAGCAUGGAGUUGUGGAAUUUGUGCACCAUAUUAUUCAUAUCGGUCUCUCUGGCUAAAGGUUUAGAUCAAUGUGAAGAUUCGUCUGAUACCAACUUCUGUAAUGAAAAUAUUAACGACUGUACACCUAGUGAUAAACAAUACAAAUAUCCCAUGACUGAUAUGGAUGUCAUGUGCAUGAAAACAUGUGGUGUAUGUACAGAAGUUGGUUGCAGUGAAGGAUAUUAUGACGAUUCGCAGAACUCGUGUACGGCCUGUAGCGAGAAUUGCCUUAACGGAAGAUGUAAUCCUGACAACGGCUUCUGUACUGACGCAUGCGACGAUGGCUUUUAUGGCAACACCUGUGACUUCCAGUGUCCCUUGAAUUGUGGGUUGUAUGGUUGCUAUCGUUACACAGGGAUAUGUUAUUAUUGUGAAGAUGGAUGGUAUGGAGAAACGUGCGAUAUAGCAUGUGACUGCCCUCAUGGAUGUAACCAGGUGACGGGUGAAUGUGGUUGUCAAGGUGGAUUUGGAGAAGUAAGUUACUAUGGGACCGCGUGUGUUUUGGAAUGUAGUGCUAAUUGUCACCAUGGGUGUGAUAAGUUAACCGGUAGAUGUAACUACUGUAAUGAAAGCCUAUUUGGAGAACAGUGUGACCAGAUGUGUUUGGGGUGUGAUUUUGGCUGUUUCAGUGACCAGAUUGGCGGCACGUGUUAUUAUUGUGGAGAAGGCCAGGCGUGGGAUUAUUGUGAUCGAAUAUGUCCUGCAGGUUGUCAUGGAAACGUUUGUGAACGCAAUGGCUAUUGUCAUAAUUGCAAAGUGGGUUUCUUUGGUGAUUAUUGUCUUGAUUUUUGUCCUGGUAACUGCCUUGGCCCAUGCAAUAGAACUAACGCUCAAUGUAGGGAAUGUAUAGUCGGUUUUUAUGGUGAUCAUUGUACUGAGGGUUGUCCUGGUAACUGCCUUGGUCCAUGUAAUAAAAUUGACACUAAAUGUAAGGACUGUAAAAUCGGUUUCUUUGGUGACUUUUGCACUAAGAGUUGUCCGAGCAACUGUCUUGGACCAUGCGACAGACUUGACGGCAAAUGCCGAGACUGUAAAAACAAUAUGGCGGGCGAUUUCUGCAUUCUUCCUUGUAGCAUCGGUUGCAAAUCGAAUGGAAAUCAAAGGCGGUGUUAUCAAGAUGGUGCAUGCGUAUCUAAAUGUGUUGAUGGUUUCUACGGCAAAAUGUGUGACCUUGAAUGUGCAUGUAAGGUCGGGUGUGAUCAGAAAACUGGCGAAUGUAGCACCUGCACACCCGGUACCUAUGGUGAUAUAUGUAAUAGGUUAUGUGGCACUACAUGUGUUGAUGGGUGUAGUCCAACUUCCGGUCAGUGUCAUAAAUGCCAGAGUGGUUACUAUGGUGAACAAUGUAAUAUGUUAUGUAGAGCCACCUGUAGGAGUGAAUGUGACCAAAUAUCGGGUAAUUGUAGCAAGUGUAUUCGUGGUCACUAUGGUGACAAAUGCCAUAAUUUAUGUCGAGUUACCUGCAUUGAAGGGUGCGAUAAAGUAUCGGGUGAUUGUGUUUCUUGUAUUCAGGGUCACUAUGGCAGCAAAUGCGGUAAGUUAUGUAGAGGCACGUGUGAAGGAGGGUGCGAUAAAGAAACGGGGAGAUGCGUUCAAUGUGCAAGUGGUUUCUAUGGCGAAAUAUGCAAUAAAAAAUGUAUCACAAAUUGUAAAUGUCACCAUGAAAGUGGGGAAUGCAACGCUUGCGUGAGUGGUUACUAUGGUGAUGUAUGUAACAUCCCAUACGCCGCCACCUGUGAUUACGGCUGUGAUAGGGCGACAGGUAAAUGCAUCAGGUGUUAUACUGGUUACUAUGGUGACAUGUGCGAGGGUGUGUGUAACGCCAACUGUAAUGGUGGUUGUGACAGAGAGGGGGCUAAAUGUUACAGCUGCAUAAUCGGUUUUUAUGGUGACGAAUGUGAGCAUGAAUGUAAUUCCAACUGUUAUGGUGGAUGUGACCGGAAGGGAGGAAAAUGUAACAGCUGUAAAACUGGUUUCUAUGGUGAAACGUGCGAGAACUCGUGUAAUUCUAACUGUAUUUCCGGAUGUGACAGACUAGAUGGUAAAUGUGACAGUUGUGUCAGUGGUUACUAUGGAGAUACGUGCAAUGAAAUCUGCAGUUCAACAUGUAAAUCUGUUGUCGGUAAAAUAACUCCUAUUUGUUACCAGUCCAAUGGAACGUGCAUUGAAGGAUGUCAACCCGGUACAAGGGGAGAUAACUGUGGAGAUGAUUGUGAACAUGGUUACUAUGGUGAUGGCUGUUCUAGUAAUUGUGGUAACUGUUAUGAUAAUAAACAGUGUGAUUCUGUUACUGGCAAUUGUGGUAUAGAGGGAUGCAAGGAUGGUUUUACAGGACCAAAAUGUGACAUCGAGGCUGGAUGUGAGGAUGGGUAUUAUGAAGAUCCAGGUAACUCGUGUACUGCAUGUAGUAACAACUGUCAACUAGGCACCUGCAAUCCUGUUAACGGAUAUUAUACUUAUGGUUGUAUAGCUGGAUAUUACGGUAAUAACUGUGAACAGAAAUGUGAUACAAAAUGUUACAUGGAUUCAUGUUAUCCUGAUACGGGCAGAUGUUACGUCUGUAAAUCUGGUUGGUAUGGUGACAUGUGCGAUCAAAGAUGUAACUGUCGCAACGGAUGUAACCGAGAGAACGGAAGAUGCAACUGUCAGACACAUCAUCAUACCAGUAGUCAAAUAAGUUAUUACGGAUCUUCGUGUCGACAGAAAUGUAGUGAAUACUGUUUCUACGGGUGUGAUAAAUAUAGCGGUAGGUGUCACACGUGUGUUGAAAAGAAAUAUGGCGACAAUUGUGAUAAGAAUUGUUCAAAUUGCCACCAAUGUUACAACGAUCAAGAUGGUGGCACCUGUGAUAGUUGUGAAGCCGGGCAAUACGGAGAUAAAUGCGACUUAAAGUGUCCUGAAGGUUGUGAAGGUGGUGUAUGUUCAAGAGAUGGCCGUUGCCAUAGUUGUAAGUUGGGUUACUAUGGUGACCAAUGUACUGCCAGUUGCCCCAGUAACUGUCUAGAUUCCUGUGGUAGAAUUGACGGAAAAUGUAAGGAUUGUAAAUUUAAUAUGGCCGGCGACUUCUGCAAUCUUACUUGUAGCGAUAGAUGCUUAUUGCGGCAAAAUCAAAGGCGGUGUUAUCAAAAUGGUACAUGCGUACUGAAAUGUGUUGAUGGUUUCUAUGGUGAAAUGUGUAAUAUGCCAUGUAGUUCUAAAUGUGAUUACGGCGGAUGUGAUCAACAAACCGGAAAAUGCAAUCGGUGCAUUAUGGGUUACUAUGGUGACACAUGCAAUAUGCUAUGCAGAACCACGUGUGAUGGAGGGUGUAAACAAUCGCUGGGUGAAUGUAUUAAAUGUCAUAACGGUUACUAUGGCGCCAACUGCGAAAGGUUAUGUCGUGUUACAUGUGAUAGGGGAUGUGACAAAGAAUCCGGUAAAUGUAACUACUGUCUCCGUGGUCACUAUGGCGACGACUGUAGCAUAUUAUGUAGAGUGACGUGCGUUGGCGGAUGUGACAAAAUAGCUGGCAAAUGUAACAGCUGUAUGCACGGACACCAUGGUGACAAAUGUAAUAGGUUAUGUAGAGUUACGUGUGAAGGUGGGUGUGACAAAGUUACUGGUAAAUGCCGUGAGUGUUUGAGCGGUUACCAUGGAGACACGUGUGAUUUAAAAUGUGAUAAACAUUGCAUUUGUGAAAAGGACAACGGGAAAUGUAUAACGUGUAAGACUGGUUACUAUGGUGACAGUUGUGGCUACAAAUGUAGCUCCACGUGUGAAGAAGGAUGUGAUAGGACAAGUGGAAAAUGUAUAAAAUGUUAUGACAGUUACUAUGGUGACAGGUGCGAGGAGGUGUGUAAUUCCAAUUGUCAUGGUGGUUGUGAGAGAACGGGGGGUAAAUGUAACAGCUGUAAAACUGGUAACUAUGGUGACUACUGUAAUGAAGCUAGUAGUGCAAAUUGUAAAGAGGUAGACGGUACCACGACUCCGGCCUGUUUCCAGAAGAAUGGAACCUGUACUGACGGAUGCCAACCUGGCAGAAGGGGAGAUUACUGUGAGAUAGAUUGUGAAAAUGGUUACUAUGGAGAUGGCUGUUCUAGCAAUUGCGGUAACUGUUAUGAUAAUACACCAUGUGAUGUCGUCACUGGUAGAUGUGGUGCGGUAGGCUGCCAAGAAGGAUUUACAGGGCCAAAAUGUGACGUCGAGGACGUUCUGUAUACUGGUUGAAGACCAACUAGUUCGAGACUACCAGUGUUAUAUAUUAUCCCGCGUAGAAUGAAGUGAAGAGUGGAAUACUGAAACUGGAUUCAUCCUUCUGUCCGGCUUUCCUUCCGUUCUCGUCGUUUUUUCGGGGCAUAUCUCAUAAACCGUCCAAGAUAUCUUUAUAACACAUGAUACGACAUCAACUUAAACAUACAUUAUGCAAGAGCUAAAUCUGCCUAUUGCAGGUCUUUCUUUAAGCCUAAAAUGAUAUCUAUAUUAAAAUUAGACAUUAAUUAACUUAUCCAGACCAUAAUCAACUCUCGAUGUCAUGGCUAGCCUUCGAUGUUGGCUGGAUUAGAUUCCUAUAUGCCACUAACUGCCAUUGAUAAUUUUAAAAUAAAAAAAAGUGGAUAAUCGAGACUAUGCUGUUUAUAUUAAUGAUUUUAGUAAUGAUGACCGAGACUAUGCAAAAAAUUUCAACCGCUUCUUUCACGGCUCAUAGUGGAUCAAUUUGACUGAAAUUUUCAGCAAAUUACCUUUACACUAUCUAGUUUUUAACUAUUAUAGCGAGAACUGCCAUCUCUUUAUCUUAUCUCCCAUAAUGUAUCUUUAACUAUAACUAUGUUAAACAUCGUAUAACCGUUAUACGAUGUUUAACAAAUAGGUAUACUAUAACUUGUACACAAAUAUAACCAAUAUAGUCUAAUUGGAAUGUUUGAUACUACUUGUUAAACGUCUUAUAACAUGUUCACAAAUAUAACCAAGUAGUCUAAUUGGAAUGUUUGAUACUAUGUGUUUAAACAUACAUUAUACAAGAGCUAAAUCUGCCUAUUGCAGGUCUUUCUUUGUUAUAUAAAUUAUUAAUUAGACAUUUAUUAACAAAACAAGACCAUCGAUGGCAUCGGAUACUCGAGAUUUCAACUAGAUUAGAACGAUUCGCCAUUUGAAAAUUUAAUUUAAAAAUGGGAAAGCGAGGCUAAGAGCAUGGUUACCACUAUGCACACAUCUUGUCAAAACUACAAACAGAGAUAACUUGGCUCAGAAUAAAGUAAUUUGAAAGAAAUUUUCAGUAUUCCCUUUUUUGAUCAUCUAUAUUUGAAUUAUUAUGGCCAACUCUUUAUUAAACUCUUAAAGGCUCAAUACCACUCUUGUUGCAACUAAAUAAUAUUUCCCAAUCAUUAUUCUGGUCAACAAAUUGUACUAUUAUACAAUAUUCCAAUUAAUUGAUGAUACAAAUUUCAUCUUACCUAAUUUUAAAAAUUGGAAAAAUUCAACGAAAUGAUUUGAAAAGCCUGACGUAAAGCUUUUCAAAGGUUACUUGGAUUUAAAAAUAUUUUUGAACUCUCUGGACAAGUAAAAUAGGAUUUAAUGGAUAAUUUACACAACAGGUAGGACACUAACACAUCUAGUACUUAGAAUAAGGCUAUUUUUUAUUUUCUGGAGCUUUCAAGCCAGCAAGAGUGUUAUUGUCCCUUUAAAUAAUGUAUCUUUAACAUCUUAUAACAUGUCUACUAAUAGUAUUUGGGUGUUGCCAUGGUUAUUAAUAACUAUGAGAUUGUAUAUCACUUUACCUUCCAAACUAUGUUCAAGGAUGUUGAUGAACGAAGUAAUUCAUUGAUACAUUUAACAGAUUUAAAUAUGAUGUAUAUAUAUAUAUAUAUGUUAUUGUUUAAAUUAUAUUUUUGAAUUUCA